GGAAGUUACAGCUUUUGUCUAUAUUUAUGCGUAAAUGGGCCGUAGGUAGGCUAUUAAACCCGCUUUCCAUGUUGCAUCUGAUGAGCAGAAUCUUGGUCACGCUUGCAAAUGGACUGAAGUGCACUGUAUGAGACGGACGUGUUACUGCGGGUUUAGACGGUUAUAAACAUGGUUCGGUCGAAGUCCCACACUCACUCCUCCAGAUCGAGGUCAAGAUCUCACUCCACCACUAGGUCACGGUCAAGGUCACGCUCUAGGAAGAAGAGAUACAGCUCCAGGUCCCGUUCACGGUCCUACUCUCGUUCCCGCAGUCGGGAACGGAAUUACCCUAGGGAGUAUCGGCGGGACUAUCGCCCCAGCAGAGGCAUGAGGCGUCCCUACGGAUUCCGCAACCGGGGCAGGGGCUACUACCAAGGCGGGGGUCGCUUCCAUCACCGCGGAGGCUUCCGGCCCAACUGGCAAAACCGCCGCUACUCCCGCAGUCCCAGGCGGGGCCGCUCUCGGUCCCGGUCCCCAAAACGCAGGUCCACCUCCCAGAGGUCUCACAGCAAGUCCCGUCACUCUGGACGGUCUUCGGCUUCCGGCCGCUCCUCUUCCUCCUCGUCUUCCUCAACCCCUCGCAACCGCUCUUCGGCACCAGCUGGCGGGAAGCCAGAGGGACCAGGGGAAGAACAUGUAGGGGCAGCAACAAGGGGAGGUGUUGCCACAAUACCGCUAGCCCCACCCUCUGAGGGUUGGAUGGGCAUUUCAGCCUAUGGGGACAACAGCCCGCAGCGAAGCCCCUCCCCUGUGCCCAGUCCCCCCAGCCAAAGCUCCUCCCACUCUGAACUGCUGGCUCAUUCUUCUGCACCGUCUGGCAGCAAGGUUUUCUUCCCACAGAGUGAUGAGCAAGACCUCUCAAAAGUGGGCAAAUACUUCAAAAGGUGUCUACAAGAGGGUGGAGAUGCUGUCUUUUCUCAGGAUCAGGGAGUAGGGCGGCAGAGCGAGCCCCAGAAGGUGCCGCUUUCAGAAAGGGCCCAGUGGAGCCGACUGGACAUGGAGCUAGAGCUUAACCUGGACUCGGGGACUAAAAGCAGGGCCGAGAAGGUGCCUUUCUUGGGGGACUCGCCUGAGGUGGAGGAGGAGGACGAGGUCCAGGCCUACAGGCAGCCGCACCAGCUCAGGGUGGCGGGCCAGGCCCGGGAGGGAGCCUGGACGCGGGACACUGCGAAGGGUCUCAGGCUGGGCAGGGAGCCCGAGCGGCUGCUGAAGGCCAAAGAGCAGGGCCUCCAACCCGAGAGCGGAAUGGCAUCGCCGCAGCAACCGAACGCCGGACCCUCAGACGGGAGGGGGGACAGUGCCCCCAGAGCCGGGCCCAGCCACUGCGGCCGGCCACAGGUUAGAAUGAAAAUGACUUCCUUGGACUUGGGAGAUACCAGCCCAAGCAUCUCGAUAGCCGGGGACCGUUCGCUCGCCAGCGCCCUCGCCUGCUCAGCCAGGAAAGAGCAGCAGGCCUUCCGCUCCAUCUUCCACCACAUCACUCAGCCUCAGGCCUACAAAAGCACGGCUGAGGCCUUCGCUCACCACGUAGUGUCCUUGGUCCAUCAUGUCAGAGAGCGCCACUUCCAGCCAGCCGCUAUGUCCCUCCACCAGCGCUUCACGGUCUAUCAGACAGCGGCUGUGGAGCACGAGGCCCGACACCAGAGCCCAGAAAUCCACAGGAGGAUUGACGUCUCCCCCAGUGCUUUUAAGAAGGCAAGAACAUUCAAGGAAGAUUCCAAGGACGAAAAAAAAUCGAGGUGCGAUUCUGUUGAUUUGCGGUACGAUAUCGAUCGGCGGCGGACCGAGCAGAGCCGGGACCGCGAUGAGGCCAGGAUGUCCCGGGAACAUAGUCCGCCCAAGAAAGGGGACAAACUGACCAAGGAACCCAGAGAUUACAAACCGUUUAAGGAUGAGAGCAAACACAAAAGCAAGGAGCGGGGGCGUUCCAGGUCGUCCUCCGGGUCGUCAGUGACGCGUGAGGACAGCAGGGAGAAGCGCAGGGCCAGGGAGGAGGAGGGGGCAGCCCUGACGGAGCUCAAGGACGGCCCUGGCUUCCAGGGUACCCUGCGGCCCAGGGGAACCUUUCAGUUCCGCAUCAGAGGGGGGCGAGUGCGGGGCCGGGGGGCCUUCCCUCCACCCAGCUCUGGACCAACCCCUCCCAGCGCCCCUUUCCAGAAGAGACCUAAGGAGGAAGAAUGGGACCCAGAAUAUACACCCAAGAGCAGGAAGUACUUCCUGCACGAUGACCGGGAUGACGGCACGGACUACUGGGUAAAGAGGGGAAGGGGGCGGGGCCUGUUCCAGCGUGGGAGGGGCCGAUUCCCCUUCAGGAAAUCCAGCAGCAGUCCCAAGUGGACUCAUGAUAAGUAUCAGUGUGAAGGUAACGAGGAGGAAGAGGAGGAGGAAGGAGCAGAGGGUGAGGAGAGGAAGGACCCACAGAAGGAUGAGAAAGUGGAGUGAGAGUGUAAGGAACUUGUAGUCGCGCUGCGGUCUGACUAUGGCGUCGGUGGUGAAGACCCAAGUGAUCUCUCUUUACCUGUUAGGUGGAGAGUACAUAACAUUCAUAUUUGGUUUGGUUUAAGAAAAAUCUGUUCCAGCGAUAAUUGCUUUUUCAGUUAAGAUUUUUCUACACUUGUUUGUUGACUUUAAAUUAGUCUUCCUAUACUGAUUACUUUCAGUGGAGACCAUUACCUCUAAUGCCAGGUACAGGCUUUCUCCUUGAUUUAAGUUGGUUACAAGAUCAUUUUUCCCUAAACCUGCAUCUAUAUUAGUAAAUGUGGAACCACUAAGAAGCACUAUUUGCUACCUUCAGUUGUAUCAGAUUAAGUUAUAGUAACCAUGUUGCUACAAUAAACCUUUUAUUCAAACUAUA